UUUCCCUGCUGUGUGCGCGUCCUCCAGCACUUCUGUCUCCGUGAGCUCAUCCUCCGCGGCAGCCAAUGGGAUCGCCCCGGCUCCUUCCCACCGAGGAGCGCUGGUGCUGGGGAGCCGGGCCGGCGCUCGUGGUCCAGGCUCAGCCAGGCGUGGGAGCGGGGGGGUGGGGGGCUGAUGCAGCUUCGGGUCCAGCCGCCGGGGACCCCGAAGGGCUGGGAGCGAACACCCCGGUGGCGUCCAUGCCAGGGGAGGGGACCAUACGGCUGGGGAGACGCGCCGUGAUGUACACGGCGGAGACGAUUCCCAAGGGGAAGAACCGAGUGAUGGGGACUAUCCAGAUCAUGAUGGGCUUCAUGCACAUCGGCUUCGGGAUUGUCCUGACAACCAUCACCAACGUUUACACCUCUGUCUUUGUGAUUGGAGAGAUCCCCUUCCUGGGAGGCGUGUCUUUCAUCAUUUCUGGCUGCCUCUCUAUUGGAGCUGAGAAGAGCCCAACUGAAUGCGCAGUGAAAGGAAGCCAGACCAUGAAUGUCAUCAGUGCCAUCUUUGCAUUACUUGGGAUAGUGGCUUUUAUAAUAGACCUGAAUAUAAAUGGACUGUACCACUCCAACUAUGACUACUACAACUAUCUAGUGAUGGCCGGGAACGGGAUCUCCAUCGUGCUGCUGAUCUUCACUAUCCUGGAGUUCUGCAUUGCAGUCGCCACCGCACUCUUUUGGUGCCGGGCAACCCGCCUCAACUCUCAUGAGUCCAUGCUGAUUGUGCCCAACACCAUCAGGGCGGACCUCAUGGUGCCCACUGCAGAAUUGCCUCAUCCGCCAACUUACAGUGAUACGGCCUAUGAUCCGAAGGACCAGUCUGAGUGGGGGACCCAAGAAAGAACCUGAGGAGAAGUCGGCCCAAGAGCAGAAGCAGCAGCUCCUCCUUCUCUGAGGAGCAAAUUCUGGCCCCUUGCCUGCAUGACAGAUUUCCUUCAGUUACUGCCAAUGUUCUUCCCACCCCAGUCCCUGUCUUGAGUUCCGAGGGACCUGCUCUCCCCUUCUUCCGGGACGGGCUCAGGCCUGUGUGUUGCCCACAGAUAAGACUUUAAAGCAUGUUCCCCAGCCAGCUCUGCCUUGAACCAAGAGGUAACAUCUAGCCCGCACUCCCUGUAGGCUGCAUGGGGAAUUGGUCAAUGAAUCUGUCAAAGGGGCAGCACGUCAGCUGUGCAUGAGUGCCCCCUGGGCAGAGAGAUCUGAGAGCAGGCAGGGGGCUAGAGUGAAACAUGGGGCAGGAGCACCUCCAAACAAACAUGUGACAAUCACCCGUGUAUCUAGCCACGCUCUCCCAGGCCCGCAUUCAACCCUCCGUCAGCACAAACCCAGCACAGGAACAGGGAGUAGCAGCUUGGAAUCCUGACCCUGUUCUAGUUAAAACAGCCUUGAGGGAUGCUCUAAUUUGCACCUGGCUGCCCCUGGUCCUCGUGGCAGCUGGGGAAUAGCCAGCGCACAGAGCUGCCCUGGCCACACACCCUGGAAAGUCCUGAUCCAGGGGUCUGCUGCACUGGGGGAACGGCCAGGGGUGUUGCUGCUUUGCACGGCUUUGGAACAGCGUAGCCAGUGUCCAAUGGCUGCAGAGUGACUAUGGCCCCUCUCUCUUCAUCACUGGAUUUUGUCCCAGGCAGCGACCCAGACAGGCCUUCACUGUGGGUGGGUGAAGGGCACAGACUUUGAAGCCUCCAGAUCAUUGAUGCUAAUCUAGCAGCAGGUCAGCAGUGGCUGAAAAGCGUUAUCAUCUGACAGCCUGGUGUCCCAUGCAAAAUGAGGCCUAGUUCUUAGUAGGCAAGGCCACCAGGUAACAAAAACCCCACUAUGAUGGGCCUCAACUCCUAUGACACACCACCCCGAGGGGUUGGCAACUGCUCUGCAGAGCAGGGCAGGGGGUAAGGGGCCUGGGCCAUAAAGAGAAAUUCCCCAUCUCCCGGUUCCUCCACAGAUAAAAGGCUGGAGAGCCCUAUGUAGACAGAGGAGUCAUGGCCUCCCAGGUAAAUAUGGCUGCCGCAAGAAGGAAGCCAUUGGUUUAUAACCAGUCUCUCUAUCCUCAUGGUGUAGCCAGUCCCCAAACAAAUGGGCAUGGCUUUUUUCUCCCCUGUAGUGUGACUGAGUGAUUUUUCUCUAAUGCUUAUUGGCUUCUUUUGAGAAGAGCCUUAUAGGGGAAAGGUGGGUGGGAGGGUUGGGUGGGGGAGUCUCCCACUGGCUUCUAUAGACCUUGCAUCAGGUCCUUUAAGAGCAAUCAUGGGAAAUUUCUUCCGGCUAUAAAAAGCCUAUCUGGAAAUCAGGGAUCCUUAGCGUAAGGUGACCUUUAUAACAGUCAUCCUUCGGAUACGUCUACCCUGCAAUAAAAGACCUGUAGCAUUGCCACGGCUGGCCUGGCUCAGCUGACUAGGCCUUGUGGGGCUUGAGCUGCAGGGCUAUAAAAUUGCAGUGUGGAUGUUCGUGCUGGAGCCUGGGCUUUGAGACCUGAUAAAGGCAGAGGAUCUCAGAGCCCUGUCUCCAUCCCAAGCCUGAACAUCUACACUGCAGUUUCAUAGCCCUGAGUGCCCAAGUCAACUGACCCGGGCUCUGAGACUCAGUGACAUGGGUUUUUUACGCAGUGUAGACAUACCCUUGUGAUUGUAAGUUUGGUAACUUAUAGGAACAUUUAAGAUAUAUUGAAACUUGCCUAAAUGUCCUGCAUCUGGCUCAAUCUUUUUAUGUUUGGUUAUAUUUCUGGUUGUUUUUAUUUUACUUUUUAAAUAAACCACCUGUUUAAAACUUUAAA